UUAUCACGACAACUGAGAGAGCGGCUUUGGUAAUUUCCCCGUCAAAUUAACCCAUAUUGAGCUCAAACAAUAUAUAGGUUUUAUACGAUGGGAGACAAGAAGAGCCCCACAAGGUAAAAAAAAAAAAUACAUAUUUAUCUUGAAAAAUUGCCUAAAAAUGUGAUGAACACUUGUAAACAGAGUGCGCGACCAAUGGAUGCGUAGCCCCGCUAGCUAGCUACAUUGUAGCUUCAUGGCGGCGGGUUGGCUCUUUUAUGGGCGAAUCUGAUCAUACGGCUCAAAUAAGAGUAGUUUGUGUUGUUGUUUUUUUAUUUAAAAAAAAGUAUUCACACAUUCAUGAAUAUGUUAGCUUAAAUGGCUAUACUGACAGUGUUGGGCCCCAUCUCUGUGUGCGUGUUUUCUUUGAAGGCCGAAGCGGCAACCCAAGCCCUCUUCCGACGAUGGAUACUGGGACUGUAGCGUCUGUACGUUCAGGAACACCGCCGAAGCUUUCAAGUGCAUGAUGUGCGAUGUCAGAAAGGGAACGUCAACACGGUAAGAAAAUCGAAGAAAUGUUGUCCUGGCAGUUUCAGACUAUUGAUACAGGCAGUGAUUACUAUGAGCUGUAACUGUAUCAAGCAGGCUGCUGAACCUACAACAGAGGACUCCUAAAUCAUUGUAAUAUGGUAGCCCAAAUUCAAGCGGUUAGUUUGAAUGAGACACUUCUAAUUUGGGGACAUUAUUUGCCAGAUUCUAUGGUCCAGUUAGUCUGGCAAAUUGUCAAUUAUAUACACUACCAGUCAAAAGUUUGGACACACUUACUUAUUCAAGGGUUUUUCUUUAUUUUUACAUUGUAGAAUAAUAGUGAUGACAUCAAAACUAUGAAAUAACACAUGGAAUCAUGUAGUAACCAAAAAAGUGUUAAACAAAUCAAAAUAUAUUUUAUAUCUGAGAUACUUCAAUAGCCACCAUUUGCCUUGAUGAAAGCAUUGCACACUCUUGGCAUUCUCUCAACCAGCUUCAUGAGGUAGUCACCUGGAAUGCAUUUCAAUUAACAGGUGUGCCUUCUUAAAAGUUAAUUUGUGAAAUGUAUUUCCUUCUUAAUGCGUUUGUUGAGCCAAUCAGUUGUGACAAGGUAGGGGGGGUAUACAGAAGAUAGCCCUAGUUGGUAAAAGACCAAGUCCAUAUUAUGGCAAGAACAGCUCAAAUAAGCAAAGCGAAACGACAGUCCAUCAUUACUUUAAAACAUGUAGGUCAGUCAAUACAGAACAUUAAGAACUUUGAAAGUUUUCUUGAAAGUUUCUUGAAGUGCAGUCGCAAAAACCAUCAAGCUCUAUGAUGAAACUGGCUCUCAUGAGGAACGCCACAGGAAUGGAAGACCCAGAGUUACCUCUGCUGCAGAGGAUAAGUUCAUUAGAGUUACCAGCCUCGGAAAUUGCAGCCCAAAUAAAUGCUUCACAGAGUUCAAGUCACAGACACAUCUCAACUUCAACUGUUCAGAGGGGACUGUGUGAAUCAGGCCUUCAUGGUCGAAUUGCUGUAAAGAAACCACUACUAAAGAACACCAAUAAUAAGAAGAGACCUGCUUGGGACAAGAAACACGAGCAAUGGACAUUAGACCGGUGGAAAUGUGUCCUUUGGUCUGGAGUCCAAAUUGGAGAUUUUUGGUUCUAACCGUCGUGUCUUUGUGAGACGCGGUGUGGGUGAACGGAUGAUCUCCGCAUGUUCCCACCGUAAAGCAUGGAGAAGGAGGUGUUAUUUUUACGUUUACAUCAUUUAGCAGACGCUCUUAUCCAGAGCGACUUACAGUUAGUGAGUGCAUACAUUUUUUUAUACUGGCCCCCUGUGGGAAUCGAACCCACAAUCCUGGCGUUGCAAGUGCCAUGCUCUACCAACUGAGCUACAGGAGUGUUGUGGUGUGGGGGUGCUUUGCUGGGGACACUGUCUGUGAUUUAUUUAGAAUUCAAGGCACAUUUAACCAGCAUGGCUACCACAGCAUUCUGCAGCGAUACGCCAUCCCAUCUGGUUUGGGCUUAGAGGGACUAUCAUUUGUUUUUCAACAGGACAAUGACCCAACACACCUCCAGGCUGUGUAAGGGCUAUUUGACCAAGAAGGAGAGUGAUGGAGUGCUGCAUCAGAUGACCUGGCCUCCACUGUAUAUAUUUUUUCAAUAAAGGAAUAAAACUAACAUUUCAUUUUUGGGGUGCAGAAUUGAUCAGGAACAUUUUCCAGGGAAAGUAGUCAGUUGUCAACAGGUCAGGUGUGUGCAGUACUGGACCUCGUAAGAUGUUGUUCCUGUGCAGUAUUUGUCCGUGUGCAGUAUUUGUCAGUGUGCAGUGUGUUUCCUCAUGGUAGUCUACCUUACCAUACAAUACAUCAUACAAUAGGAAUCUAGCAAAAGAGGACCCCUGUAUAUUUUCAGUGUGCAUAAAUAUGCAGUGAAUAAUGCAUAUAUGUACAAAUACAAUUGUAUUUGUCACACGCCGAAUACAACGGAUGUAGACUUUACCAAGUAAUACUUGCUUAUAAGCCCUUCCCAACGAUGCAGUUAAAAAUAAGAAAACAUGAAAAAUACAAUUAGUAACACAGAAUAAAAUACACAAGAAGAAAGCUAUAUACAGGGAGUACCAGUACCAUAUCACUGUGCAGGGUAGCCAGCAGAUUCCGUUACGCUUGUUUACGCUGAGCUGCACUGGGGUUGGAACGCAAUCAUGGUUACAUUAAGACACCGUGGAGCCGGCGCGAGAUAUGGGUCUGAAAACGUAGCUCAAUGCAAGGAUGGGAUAUGCCACUGUACUCCAAGUGUUACCUUUUUCCACACUGAUACAUCGAAGAUUGAAAUACUGCUAGUUUUCCGGGAAAACUGCCCUUUUCGUCCCCAUACUAGCUAGCAGUAGCCACAGCAGCAAUUAUGGAUUGGCGUGUCGUGUUGAACAACAAAAGAGCAGAUUGUCUGACACUACCAUUGCUGCGGCGUAAACAAGCGUAACGGUAUGGUCGGAAUCUGCUGGCUAUGUGCAGGUGUACAAGGUAGAUAUCUACAUAAAGGCAGGGUAAAUAAUAAUAUUAUAAUCACACUUGUUUCUGUUUUUUAGGAAGCCUCGCCCUGUCUCCCAACUGGUCGCCCAGCAAGUCACUCCACAGUUUGCUUCACCCACACAACCCAAAAAAGAGAAGAAGGAGAAAUCGGAGAAAGAGAAGAGUGAAAAGGAACCAACACUGAAAAAGAACAGCCACAAGAAGAUGAGGUAAGGAGGAACCUAUGUUUGAACAACAUAUUCACAAAGAUACUAUAAAUGUUGAAGAAUAUUUCAAUCGUCUUAUUUUAGUGCGAUGAUUUACAUGAUUAUUACAUUUUAUCAAAAUCAUUUACAGGUUUCAAUCGACCCCUCCCUGUUAGUACCCUAACUAGCCAUACUAUUGACUCCUCCUCCUCUUAGUACCCUAACUAGCCAUACUAUUGACUCCUCCUCCUCCUCUUAGUACCCUAACUAGCCAUACUAUUGACUCCUCCUCCUCCUCUUAGUACCCUAACUAGCCAUACUAUUGACUCCUCCUCCUCUUAGUACCCUAACUAGCCAUACUAUUGACGACUCCUCCUCCUCUUAGUACCCUAACUAGCCAUACUAUUGACGACUCCUCCUCCUCUUAGUACCCUAACUAGCCAUACUAUUGACUCCUCCUCUUAGUACCCUAACUAGCCAUACUAUUGACUCCUCCUCCUCCGCUUAGUACCCUAACUAGCCAUACUAUUGACGACGACUCCUCCUCUUAGUACCCUAACUAGCCAUACUAUUGACUCCUUCUCCAGUUCUUCUAAUGACCAUAUAUCCAUCUAUACCCCUCUCUGUCUCUGUUACCCUCCCAGGCCCAGGUUAAAAAACGUGGACCGGAGCAGUGCCCAGCACCUGGAGGUUACGGUGGGCGACCUGACGGUCAUAAUCACAGACUUUAAGGAGAAAACCAAGCCCGCCUCCACUCCUUCCAGUGCUGCCUCGGCAGACCAGCACAGCCAGAGCGGCAACACUAGUUCUGACAACACUGAAAGGGGGGUGUCACGGUCGUCCUCACCUCGGGGGGAGGGCUCGUUGGUUAACGGAGAGACUCACUAACCCUCCUCCCUCCCCCAUUUCCUCCCUCCUCACCCAACUUAGUCUCAUGGAACAAGACAAGUGUGUCUCUGAAUAUUGCAUACAAAUCUGGCAUGCAAGAUUACACCCAACGCUACAACCCCAUGUCUGGUACCCCUCACCCCAACCCAAUAUCUCAACAAACUUUUGCCUAAGUACCACCAGUUCAAAUUGGGUUGGAUACUACACUGCAUUCCCCUGAUGAGCAAGUAUAAUGACUGGGCUUUUGGUGCUGGGAGGACGCUGUGUAUCAUCAACGUAUUGGUUUCAGCCAAGAUCUGGGUUGUGUUCAGUGGGCACCAAACAGAAGAAAAUGGAUGGAAACUAGAACGGGGGGGAUACCUGGACCUGUCCAAUAAGAAACGCUCAUAUUCGUUUUCUUUUGCACAACGUUUUAAAACAUUUUGUUAUGUUGUGCCCUAAUGAAAACAACCUUGGCCUGAGUGAACUGAGCUGAAGUUGUAACGGUCUUGAUGGUGUUGGUCCUCUGUAGCUCAGUUGGU